AGGCCUAUCCACUCACCAGUUUCGAAUUUCAAUAUGUUUGUUUGAUUUCAAUAGACACCAACGCGCUGGAACCGAACAAGAUUAACAUAUUGCGCGCAGUUUAUAAACAAGCAAACAGCAACGCGACGUAAUGAUACUCACACUUGAGCACCAACAGCUGUUCGCAAAGAAAAACAAGAUGGAGAGGAACACCACGUGCGCGCUAUUCUUCAAACAUACGCCCAUGAAAUGUCGGAAAAGGCAGACACUUCGGUUAGGAGCCUGCGUCUGGGCGUUUGCGAGGUUUGUGGCGGAAAGGAAGCCCACUAUGCCUGCCCCAAAUGCGAGGUGAAGACUUGCAGCGUGGCCUGCGUCCAGAUACACAAGAGGGAGCUUGUCUGUGAUGGCGUGCGGGAUCGCACCAAGUUCGUGCCGCUUAGCGAGAUGACGGCCCGGGAACUGAUGAGCGAUUACUGCUUCUUGGAGCAGUGCACACGGUACGCGGACGACCGCAAGUGCGACCAGGCGAAGCGCUACACCCAGCAGCAGCGAUAUCUGCCAGUGCCGCAGCAUCGCAUGCGCGCGGCGGCCCAGAAGCGGAACAUUCAGCUCUCCCUGCUGCUGCCGCACUUCAGUCGGCACAAGGAGAACACCACCUUUCUGGACUGGAAGCAAAAUCGCUUCUAUUGGCGCAUCGAUUGGCUGUUUGUGAAUGCUGCCGAGGAAGAGGAGGAAGAUGACCAGAUCAAGUCUGCCCGUUUUGUGGAUGCUCGCUGUGAUGAGGAGCUGACUUUGUCCGCUCUGCUUGUUAAGUAUGUGGACCUGCAGCAGGAGACGGCCCGCGAGAAUCGCAAACUCCUCGUCCGCCAUCAGACGGUGGGCAUUGGUGGCCUGAGCUUUUGGCUGCAGGCCGAGGGCGUCCGGCGCAGCGCCAUUCGUUGCUAUCACCUGGAGGCAAACCAAACGCUUCGCGAGAAUCUCUCUGGCAAGACGAUUGUGGAGUUCCCCACCAUCUUUGUCACCUAUACGCGGGAUCCUCCGGCCGGCUACGAGACAAUAGACAGUGAUAAGGAAUCGGAUGAUGAUCACACAGGAACCGCAUCUGAUCCCGAAUCGGAAGAGGAGCGAACGUCUGCGAACACACCGAAAAAGGCAAAGAUACUGCAAGAUUUUGAUGGGAUCCACGAUGUCUACCAUGCAUUGGCUGCUGCCUAUUCCGACGAGGACGGCAGUGACACAGAUGACUGUAAAGUCGAAGGAAUGUUUCGUGAAGACAUUGAGCUGUAGAUCAAGGAACAGGGACAAAAGAGAAAAGCCGAAGCGAAAGCGACAGAGUCUGAGAUGCUUUGGUAGUCUCUGACCGACUAGCUUGUGGCGAAGCCGAUGGGAAGGAGACUGUAGGGAAGAUCAAGAGCCUGAUCCCAAAAAUCAUCUCUGUUGAACGAGAAGGAUCCUGUGUACCAUAAUCUAGUACCUGAAUACUAGCGAAGAAGAAGCGUUAAAAGCAGCAAAAGCAUAUAUAAAACAGAUGCCUUAUGUCCUACUUCUGGCCAUUAUGGCAAUGGAAUCAGCUACCCAAUAUACAUACAUGAUAGAUAAAGCAGAUGCCUUAUGUCCUACCUCUGGCCAUUAUGGCAGUGAAAACGGCUUCCAAUACACGACAUUGGAAAAUAAACUAAACAUCGUGAAUAAAACACGAGUCUUGUGUCUUACCACUACCUCUGGCCAGUAUAUGGCCAUGGAAUCAGCUAGCAAUACAUACAUACCCAUCUUCCAUAUG